UGCAAAGAAAAGGAGAUUUUUCAUUAGAAUGCGGAAAUCAAUUAAUCACUUGCUAAUGAUAGAAGUUUGACAAUGGAGCGGCUGUAAAAGCGAUUGGAUAUGCACAAUGAAUUAAGUAAACUAUGAAACUAUCAAACCCUACGGACCAUGGAUGAUUUGCAUAAUUUAUUUUAGGCGGAUUAAUUUGAUUUGAUUGACUGCUUGAGUUCAGAGCACACUUUCCUCUUUGUAUAUAAAUCAGCAGGUCGUUUUUAUAGAGAAGUGUAUGUGUCAUCUAGUGAAUGUCGGCAUCACCUUGCUCCAUUCCUCUGCUCACCUAUUUUUAUUCUGAAUACGAUGGUCUCUCGCGCCAUGCACAAUAUCGUCUGCUCUUCUUCCAUAUGCUUCUUGGAUGCUUGACAUUAAACUAGUCGCCAUGGAAACGUCAAACUCCACUGGACUUUUACCAUCAAAUGAAAACGAUAGACGGUUGUCUGCUCUACGCAUCUCCUUGGUAUGUUUCUUAUACCUUCCUUUGGCGGGAAUCACUAUUCUUGGAAAUCUCUUGGUCUUUGGCGCAUACAGACGAGAUAAACGGAUACGAUGCAAAACGACAAACACCUUCAUCCUCAACCUCGCCAUCGCCGACCUGCUCGUCGGCGUCGUCAUGCUCAUCAACGCUCCCAUGUAUGUCACGGAGAAGUGGUUCUUCGGGAGGGAGUUCUGUAUCAUCGUCUGGGCCAUUGACUACCUCUCAACGGACAUGUCCGUCAUCACCAUCGUCGCCAUCAGCGUCGACCGGUACCUCAUGGUCAAGAAUGCGAUGCAACAUCACCUUCGGCAGUCUAGGAAACGCAUCGUCCUGAUCUUCUGUUGUCUCUGGUUCCUCUGCAGCCUCGUCCAUACCAGUCUUGCCUUCUGCUAUUCCGCAAGAACCAACUACAAGUACCUCCAGAACCAAACUUGCAAUUUAGAAUACAGGCGGGACAAGACGCUGGUUGUUUUGAUGUUCUUGAUCGAGUUCGUGUUGCCGGUGACGUGUUUGUUUGUGCUUAACUGGAAAGUCUUUGCCAAACUUAAGAGGCGAGGAAGCAAUGUAAAGUUGAGAAUGCGCAGCAGACGCAAAAAGGGUGUGGCCUCUGAUGCUGUCUCCAGACAUGAGAGGGCAACUCUUUAUAGAAGUCCCGAGGUACAUUCGAAGACAGACGGGAUGCUUUCGGGCUCCGAUGGCGAGGUCGUUGACGCAUCCGAAGACAGCGACGACGGAGCCUUUAGACCUGGAACUGCGAGUGCUGAUGGUGUCCAGGAAGCAAAAUCCUUGAGGAAAUCUUCCUGCGCCAUGGUGCGCAUCCAUCGAAUCUCAUCAUCAUCGAGCGGAUGUCCUCACCAAAAAGCUGCCAAGCUCUUAACAGCCUUACUCAUCGUCUUCACCAUCAGCUGGUUGCCCUACUACAUCUACGACUGCUAUGUCCUCAUUAAUGGCGGUGAAUCCAACGACGGGGUCACUCAGAUAUUGACGUUUAUACUCUGGGGAAACUCUGCAGUCAAUCCCAUCUUGUAUGCAUGCGCCAAUGUUCAUUACAGGAAGAAUUUCUUGUAUUUCUUACACCUGAGAAACAUAAAAAGAUGUUCCCUUUGACAAUCAGAACGUAUGGUUGACCUUAGGAUCCCGGGAAGGGGAGGGGAACACUCGAAAGUUUAAGGGUGUGUGGCCCCAAAAUCUGAAACCAUACCCUAGCAACUGAGUUUGCUAUGAAACGAGGGGCUUGAGAAAUAGAUAGCCCUCUGAAAGUCAUGACGGUGCUUUUGAACUGGAAUUUAACCUGAUAUUGUGCUCUCCGAGAAUGAUGCCUAGCUGAAACCGGGGCUUAGGAACGGGGGAGAAUGGGUUGGUCAAUGAAAAAGGGUGAAAAAUCAAUAAGCUGACAAGGCGUGAAUAGAGUAAGGACAGCACAUACCCACACUGCUCCUCCUAUUGGCGGAGCGAAAAUAAAA